AUGUCACAGCAGUCAAUUUUGAAUAUUGUCAAAUAUGAGCCUUUUCUUGCCUUGGAUAAUUUCUCCAUGUUUCGUGCUCUUGAAGUGAUCGUGCGCUCUCUCAGUGGGCCAACGAAAGACGAGAUCGGCGGUCGUACUGCAUUGGGUGCAGCUAGGGGUCCAAAAAUGCAAGCCCGAGACCGCAGUUACAAGCAUGCCAAGCUGCCGCCGAGGUAUAUUCGUGUGCUCGAGCUACAUCCCUCGGCCUCUACCGAUGCAGCUCUAGCCUGUCGACUUCGAGCGCAAACAAUCGCCGAUGAACCAUAUGAGGCUUUGUCCUAUGUUUGGGGCAAGCCGACUGUCUUUCACAGCACCAUAUGGUGCGUUGAUGAAGACCACGUCGACUCGGGCGGUGGCACGUUACGCAUUGGCGCCAACUUGGCCACGGCACUUGUCGCCUAUCGCCGUCUAGAUCAGCCUAGGCGGAUAUGGGUCGAUGCGAUUUGCAUCCGGCAGGAUGAUUUGGACGAGCGCCUGUCUCAGGUCCGCAUGAUGGGAGACAUUUUUCGCAACGCGACCCAGGUGCUGUGCUGGCUUGGGGCUUUCCAAGAGCCAGCAACAGACGAACACUUGGCCCUGGCGGCAAUACACUUUCUUCGAGAGUUUAACGAGGAUCAGAUGGGCCACCUGCGGCGCAUAAAGGCAGCUAUACACAAAAGCGAGACAGAAACUAGAGAACAGUCUGCCAAAGGGGACCACGAUGGUGAGCAACUGCUGCUUAAAACUUGGCGUGCUGUCAAGACAUUUUUCGACAUUGAGUACUUUCACCGGGCGUGGAUCAUCCAGGAGAUUGGCCUUGCCCGCCGCGCCUGGAUCGCCUGGGGCCGCAGCGACAUUUGCAUCGAUUGGGCCGAAGUGGCCCGUUUUGUGCUUUUUCUCGAUGACAACGGCGCCUCCGUCAUCAACGCGCUCGACCUCAAGUCGUGGGUCUGCAACCACAUCAACCUCGUGUGGUCCAACAAACCCGACGGCACCCCGCUGUUUGACUUUUCCGAGGUGCUGCACUGGGCGCGCGUCCACCUCUCGACUGAUCCGCGCGAUUUUGUCUACUCGCUGCUGGGCCACCCCAGCGCCGUCGUCGGCGGGCAGCUCCUCAUCGAGCCGGUGUAUACCCUCUCCACGGCACGGGUGUACACGCAGCUCGUCGUCAACAUUAUCCAGCGGACGCGCAGUCUGCACAUACUCGCCUUUGUGGACCAUGGCGAGGAGCCGAGCCCCAUGGGCCUGCCGACGUGGGUGCCCGACUGGCAAGGCCUGAAUCUGGUUGCGCCGCUAAGAUGCCCUACCCGCGCCGCUUCCUUGGAAUACUGCAACGUGGCCGUGGAUGAUGGCGGCUCGAGGAAGACGCCCGCUCUGCGUUGCCAAGGCGCGUUGGUCAGUAGUCUGCGAGCGUAUUCGAGCAUGAUUGACCCGAAAGAGCUGGCCAUCACAGACUACGCCGCCGAAGCCAAGAAGAAGCUCCCGUUCCUGAUUGACCACAUUUACGCCCGGCUUGUCCUCACACAGCCGGCAGAGACGCGGCCCAGCGCAGACUACUUUAUUUCCGCACUGAGCUUCAUUCUCACCGGAGCGCACCGCGGCACCACGCCUGCGGCGUCGGGUCCCGCGCGGGACGAACAGCGCGCCGACUGCGCCGCCCACGCCGUGCACGCCGAGGCGUUGCGCACUACCGCCGAGCCGGGUCCCUUCUUCGGCAGCCUCUCGGCCGAGGAAGCGUCGCAGAUGCAGGCUCUGGCCGCGCUGGGGUGCGCGGCCCAAGUCGUGCAGGACAUGACGUGGACGUCCAUGUGCCGGCGCGUCUUCAUCACCAGAGACGGCCAGCUGGGGCUCGGCCCGCGCAGCAUGGCCGGCGGCGACGUGGUGGCUGUCCUGCCCGGCUCCCGAUAUCCUCUACUCCUUCGGGAAAAGACGGGCGGCGCCGAAACCGAGCAUGAGCUUGUUGGGCCGGUACUGCUGUAUGGCUUUAUGAACAGCGAAGUCGCAGAGGCGCCUGCCGGGACCUUUGUAGAGCAAGAGUUUUGUCUCGUGUGA